AUGCUGGCCAUUCUCUGCUUGUUUUUGCACACCGUCGCAGCCUUGUCCUUGCUUCAAGAUGUCGUAUUGCAGCGAAUAGAAGCGAAUUUGGCGCGUGGUCCGAGACCAGCAUGGGUUAUUGGCACACAGCUCGAAGCCGUCACAGAGCUUCACUACCCCCAGUCAAGCGGCUUUGGCAAGGCGCCUUUCUCCUCUGCCGGUCCCACUCCUACAACAGUCGUCGAUCUAGCUCGCUCGGUCGUCAUCCAGCGAGAUGGUUCCGGUUUGCUCGUGCCGGGAUCCAGAGCGGCGUCAGAUACGGCUUCGAUCGGCACAGGCGUCAUCCUAGCAUCUUUCUACGGCUCGGAGCCCAAGGCGUCGUAUUCCCAACCUUGGCUGAUCCCUGCAACGGCUCCCGUCGGGUCAUCAGCAUGGUUCAUGCGAGCGGCGUAUGACCAGAUGGAGUUCCUUUUGACCAAAGUCCAGCGCACGCCUAGCGGCAUCAUCUCGCAUGCGCAGAAUAAUUUGCAAAUCUGGUCAGAUGCAGGCUACAUGCAUCCUACCUUUAUGGCGUACUAUGCAGUGGCGACAGGCAAUCGCACGAUCAUGGAGAUGGCUAUCGAACAAGCUGUUCUCAUUCAUGAUGCUCUUGUUGACGAGCAAGGAACUUACCGACAUAUUCUCGGCGGUCCCAACGAAGACCGGGGUCAUUGGAGUACAGGUACCGGCUGGAGUGUUGCCGGUAUCGUUCGAAUCAUGGCGACGAUACAGCAUAGUCCCUGGAGUAACGCGCUAUCGACUCAGACAGCUAUCCUCACAAAGAUGGCGACGAAGGUGCUCGCUGCCGCCUGGAGCAACGCACUUCCUUCUGGCGCACUGAUGAAUUAUCCAGAUAACGCAGAGUCCGAUUUUGCAGAUGCAGCAUCGACAGCCCUCAUCGCAUCUGCCACCUUUCGCUUGGCAGCUCUCACGACCGUCAGCAACAGUCUCCUUGACAGUGCAGAGAAGGGUAGAUCCUUUGUGCAAUCACAAAUCGAUGCCGACGGCUGGCUCACUCAAGUCGUCAAUCCUGUUUCGAUCAGGGCGCUGGGCGAACGCUCGCCGGAAGCGCAAGCGUUUGUGCUCCUCAUGACUGCUGCCCAUCGUGAUCUGCACCAUCAAGACUAA